CUUGACUCCCCUAUUCUGCUGUCACUCACUCGGUCUCGCCCCGGAACUUUUUUUCGUCUAUUCUCUUUCUAUCCCGCGAUUUACCCCGCCUGGGUGACUCUCCACCACCGUCAACUCUCGCCCCUCGUCCGUCUCGCGGAACUCAACCAUCCUUCCAUUCCUCGCUGCUAUUUUUAUCUUCCGACAGCCCCGAUCGUGCGACGGCCAAAUCGUCCUCAACCCGCCCUUUUCUAUCCCCGCGGACGCCAUCAAUCUACCCGGACCCCCACCGCGACCGAGCAUCUCACCGAAUAUCCGCGAUCGAUCAGGCGUUGCAGGGUUGUACCCCGGUCUGGUGGUGAGCACGCGACAGCCCGAACCGACGCCCAUCCGGCCCCCCCGGUUCGCGGGAAGGAGAGAGGGCUGGCUCCGUGAGGGUGACCAGCGCAUGCGGGGUGUACAUAUCUCGACACGAUAAGGGGGUUUUCCAACAAUAAAAAAAAAAGGAAAGAUGCCACAAGCUGCAAGAUGGGUGGGCUCUCCGUCCAUCAAGGGAAAAACGGAGUCGAUGCGCAUGGCGCUGUUGACGUUUAGUUUGUUGGGGUUACAGUUCACCUGGGGGAUUGAAAUGACUUAUUGUACGCCGUAUCUCCUGCAGCUCGGUUUGACUAAAUCGCGGACGUCGCUUGUGUGGAUUGCCGGUCCGUUGUCCGGUCUCAUUAUCCAGCCGCUCAUUGGGGUGAUUGCGGAUCGGUCCCGGUCUAAAUGGGGGAGACGCAGGCCGUUUAUGCUCUUUGGGUCGAUCGUUGUGACUGGGUGUUUGUUGGUUUUAGGCUGGACGUCGGAAAUUGUUGGACUUUUUGUGGAGGAUGCGGAGAAGGCCAACAAUGCGACUAUCGCCCUCGCGGUUCUCAGCAUCUACGCCGUGGAUUUUGCGAUCAAUAUCGUCCAAGCAUGCUGUCGCAGCUUGAUCGUGGAUACGUUGCCCAUUUCCUCGCAGCAAUCGGGGUCAGCGUGGGCCACUCGGAUGUCGGCCAUCGGUCAAUUGAUUGGAUACGUCAUCGGUUCUAUCGACACCGUCAGUAUCUUCGGGACGACCAUCGGAGACACACAGUUCAAACAGAUGACCGUGAUUGCGGCGCUGUCGUUGCUCAUCGCCGUCGCCGUCACGUCCUACUGCGUGAAAGAGCGGGUCUUGGUCACUGCGAGAGACUCGGACGAAAAGACCGGAACCCUUCAAGUUAUCUCGCAGCUUAUUAAGACGACGAUGGAUCUGCCGCCGCGGAUUCAAGCUAUCUGCUGGGCGCAGUUCUGGGCUUGGAUUGGCUGGUUCCCCUUCCUCUUCUACAGCACGACCUGGGUUGGCGAGACCUACUUCCGAUUCGAAGUCCCCAAAGACUCCAUCCAGCCAAGCGACAUGCUAGGCGAAGUCGGCCGCGUCGGCAGUCUCUCCCUCGUAGUCUUCUCCUCCAUCACCUUCAUCGGCUCCGUGCUCCUCCCAUUCUGCGUCCAACCCCCCGACAGCAAACGGCCGCGGUUCACACCCCGCCCACCCCCCGGCAUCGCCGCGCUCCUCAAGCGCAUCAUGGCCUACCGCCCCGACCUCCAGUUAACCUGGCUCAUCUCGCACAUCAUGUUCGCCGCAACAAUGAUCUUCGCCCCCCUCGCGCGCUCCCGCGCCUUCGCAACCUUCCUCGUCGCCCUCUGCGGCAUCCCCUGGGCCAUCACCUGCUGGGCCCCCUUCGCCUUCAUGGGCGUCGAAAUCAACAAGCUCGCCCUGGGCCCCAACCACCGCCCCACCAGCUCAGGCGUAACGAUGAUCACCUCGUCCAGCCUCCGCGCGGCCGGCGCCUACGGCGACGCCAACGCAGCCGAUAGCGAACUCGACGUGCUCCGCCUCAACCACGACCACGACGACACGGACAGCGAAGACAGCGACGUCGAAGGCGGCUCCUCCUCCAACAUCCCGUCGACGGGCGAGCUAGCGGGUAUCUACCUCGGCGUGCUGAACGUGUACACCACGCUCCCGCAGUUCGUGGGCACCUUCAUCAGCUGGAUCGUGUUCAGUAUCCUUGAACCGGGCAGCACGAAGCCCGACGACUCGACGCCGAAUAACGAUGCGCAGUGGAUGAACCUGGACAAGGAUUCGCCGAAUGCGAUCUCCAUCUGUUUGUUCAUUGGCUCGUUGAGCUCGCUUAUUGCUGUUGAGGCCACGAGACGGUUGCGGUAUACGUUAUAGACGACACAGCAAAAAACACAAAACAACGAAGAUAUUAGAUGAGAAAGAAAGAGAAAGAGAUGUCCAUACAGUCAGGGAAGAUAAAGACACCUUCCUCUUUUCUUUCCUGUUUCAUUCCCAUAUUUCUUUUCCAUUCCCCUUCUGUCUUAACAUCUCUUACUUAGACUACUGUUUACCAUCUAUCCACACAUCUUGUCCAUGUCUACUUCCCCUUCUUGUUCAUGUGUUACCUACCUCAUACAUCUUGUUAUUACUCUAUUAUCUUCACUUUUUUGGAUCUUUCUCUUCUCCCCCUUUUGUAUUUCUUCGUCAUUGGCCCAUGCCACAUCUUAUCCCUUGUAUACAUGCCUGUCUAUCUGCCUGUACAUUCGAUACCCAUCCCUCCAUCCAUGCAUGUCUGCAUUAUGGUUGAUUUUGAUUUCAAAUUAGAGUCUGGUCUUCUUUUUGCCUUUGAUUCUGGAUCUCGAUGUUGAUCUCAUCCAUUUAUGUCCAUGAUUCAAUUUAAUUACUUUACAUACAUACAUACAUACAUUUUCUGCUCUGUCUGAUUUCAAUUCCUUCGACUGUCUCUAC